AUGGGCGGCGGCACCCAUGGUACACCCAUAGUGGUGUUAGGUGCUGGGGUCGUGGGACUCACCACAGCGUUGACCCUCGCCAGACAAGGAUAUAAAGAUAUCCGGGUCAUCGCGAAGCACAUGCCCUCGGACCAAGACGUCGAAUACUGCAGCCGAUGGGCAGGGGCAGACUGGGACCCCAUCUCUGACGAGGGGUCUCGGGAGGCAGGCUGGGAUACCGUGACUUGGCACGAACUGCUCAAGCUUGCACAGACUAGGCCAGGUUCUGGUGUUCGGGAGCAAGUCGCCACAAAAUAUUAUCGCAAGGUUGACCGGAAGCCGGAAGGGCUGAAGAACUGGUACAAGGACUUGGUGUCAGGGUACAAGUUCCUGAGCAAAGACCAAGUGCCAGCCUUCGCAGAUUGGGGCGUGACCUACAGAUCUCUGUCACUAGACCCGGACACAUAUCUCCACUGGCUGUAUUCGAGCUGUCUAGACGAGGGCGUCCUAUUCCAACGGGCAACACUGUCGCACAUCCGCGAAGCCCUGCAGCUGACGCCGACCCCGCCCGUCGUGGUAGUGAACUGCACCGGACUAGGGUCCUUGACCCUCGGCGGUGUUGAAGAUGCGGCCUUGCGUCCGGUUCAGGGGCAACUCGUGAUCGUGGCAAAUGAGCUCGCAGGUUCAUACGCCAUUUCCGGCUCCCAGGACUUCGACAGCUCGAUCGGCGAGUGCUGCUACGUGAUCACUCGCGGGCCCGGUGCCGGGGCGGUGCUUGGAGGCUGCAGGAACCCGUCGUGGGCGGCGCAGCCGGACAUGUCGCUCGCCGAGAGAAUCAUGAAGCGUGCCGUCCAGGUCGCGCCUGGGAUCGUGGAAGCAGGAGAGGGCGUUGAGGCACUUCGCGUUGUGAGGCAUCAGAUUGGUUGGAGACCGCACCGCGAUGGGGGUCCACGGGUUGAGACGGAGACCAUCGAAGAUGAAGCUUUAGGUCCCAUUAAGGUGGUUCAUGCUUAUGGGAUGGAUGGUUUUGGCUUCCAGUCAAGCUAUGGCGUCGCUGGUCUGGUCGCUGAGCUUGUUGCGCAGAGUGUGGCAUGA